ACAACAUGACAUACAUUAAUAUGUGUCUGUAAAUAUCUACACAUAUAUAGCAUCUCUUCAAAAUUUAAAUUUUUUGAUUACUCGUCAAGAUGGCUUCUGCAGGCAAGAAAGGGAAAAAGAGUAAAGGAACUGUUAUUUCGCUGCAGUCGUUCCUUGCCAAUGGUGAUACUCCAAUCGGAACCACACAAGUUUCGAAAAAAGUUAGAAACUUGGACGGAGAUGAGAGCGAUGAUGGAAGCAAUUCUUUACCGUUAGUUUACCAGCUUCCAACUGCGCCUCGAGCUAAUAGAAUAUUUGAUGACGAUUCUAUACCACAUCGACCUCCUUUUAUUGCUUACAUAAACAAUUUACCAUUUGAUGCCAACGAGGAUGAUAUAUACGAAUUUUUUGGUUCCAUCAAUUUAGCGUCGUUAAGGUUGCCACGUGAAGAUGGUGAAACCGGUCGCUCGAGGGGCUUUGGCUAUGUCGAGUUAGAGAGUAGAGAUGACUUAAUCCAUGUGCUCAGCUUGCCCGAUCCAUCGAUCAAAGGACGUCGUAUACGCAUAGAAUUGUCUAAUGAAAACGAUCAGCAAAAUCGUCAAAAGGGAAAUCGUCGCUUUGAAGGCUUCGGCAAUAGCAGUGAGAACCGCGAUUCGGGAAAUUGGAGACGCGACAGUCAAAAUAAUAGUGGAGGAUAUUCUAGUGGAGGCGGGGGAUAUUCCGGCAACUUUGAUCGCGGGUUUAACCGCGAUCGUAAACCAAUAGCCGAACGAGAAGAAAGCAAUACUCCUGGCUCAUGGCGAUCAAAUUCGAGGCCACAAUCUUCAGACUUUUCGCCACCCCGUAAGGAGCGAGAGCGAGAUCAUGGUUCUGAUAGAUACCGUGAUAGUCGACCAAGAAAUCAUGAGCCAAGAGAGGAUUCUGCACUCACUGAGGAAAGACCAAAGCUAAAUCUGAAACCUCGAACUCUACCACUACCGGAGAUUGUUGCCAAGCCAGAAUCCGAUCAGGAGGAUAUCGAGCCAAAGGUUACAGCUCCUAAGGCAAGUGGUCCUCCAGCUGUAAAUGUUUUUGGAUCAGCCAAACCAGUCGAUACAGCCACAAGGGAAUUGGAGAUAGAAGAACGUUUAGCAGAAGCUCGCCGACUAGAAAAGGUGCGCCAUGACGAGGAGGUCUUAAACGAUAAAAUGACCGAAAUCCAUAUAGAUAAUCAUGAUAGUGAAAAUGCCAAUUCAGCAACUAAAAGCUGGCGCCGUACACAAGAUACUUCAACAAACGAUGAUAACAUAGUAAAUUCAUAUGACGAACAGCGUCAGAAUGACUCAGAUUAUAAUAAAUUCAGUAAAUCCCAGGACCGAAAUGAAAGGUUAAAGAAUGUAAAGGUGAAAAAUAACAAGGGUCAUGAUGCAAAAAAUAAAGAAGAAAAUAAAAACAAGCGGGAUUAUCGGAAUGAUCGGACAGUGGCCAAAACAGCACAUCAAAACGCAGAGCCCGUUCUACAGUCUUCCAACAAAUAUUCUGGACUUGACGAUGAAUCAUCCGAUUAAAAUAUUUUUAUAUUUGUAAUACUAAAAGAAAAAGCAAAUAAACAAAAUGACUGCGGAAUUAUCGAUCGGCA